UCAGUUCAUACGUCACAUGACGCCACUAAAUUCAGUCCUCCGAUAUCCCAUCAUCGCUAGGGCACAUCCUUCACUGCCUGGCUCGGCAUUUUUUUGGUCAGAUUCAAUUCACAUAGCCAAGAUGGCGGAUGCAGAUUCGUGGGACGUGGACACGUUCGAGCCGGACGAGCCUGGUGUAAAGACGGCAGUAACAUUACUGGACAGAUGGGAAGGCGAGGACGAGGAUGAAGAUGUAAAGGAUAACUGGGAUGAUGAUGAGGAUGAGAAACAGGCCUCAGAGAAAAAACCAGAAGUAAAAACAGAAGCGUCACAAAAGAAAAAACUAAAUGAGAAAGAAAGGAAAAAACAGGUGGAUAAAGUUAGGACAGCGACAGCGACGGCGACGGCAGAGCUGACGCCAGAAGAAGCAGCGGCAGAGAGACUCAGAGCGAAGCAGCUGCAGGAGGCUUCGGACUUGGAGCUGGCGAAUGACGCGUUCGGCAUCACCAAUAGUGUCCCAGUAGCGACUGCAGUAACUGGGAUUGAUGCUCUGAGACCCUCUUCUAAAGACGACUUCACGGAUUUGCAUAAGUUGCUUAAAGAGAAAAUAUCUCAGUACGAACGAUCUGUGCAUUAUUCUGGUUUCCUGGAAUCGCUGUUCCGUGAUCUCUGCAUUUCAUUGGAAGUGGAGGACUUAAAGAAAAUCAGCACCUCGUUGACAGUACUACUUAAUGAAAAACAGAAACAGGAAAAGCAAAACAAGGCGAAAAAGAAGAAGAAGGGGGUCGUGCCGGGCGGGGGCCUGAAGGCCAAGCUGAAAGACGAGCUGGUGGACUACGACGACUUUGACGGGGGCUACACCCAAGACUACGAGGACUUCAUGUGACAGCGGCUGCGCCCUCACCCCUCCACUCGUUCCGCUUCUCUCCUGGGAAACGCUCCUUCCUCCCCCAUCGCCCCGCGGGAUCCCCUCAUUCUGUCCAGUGCCAUCCUGGAAAAGAACUGAAAGACGCGUCUCACCCCUUUACUAUACCGAAUCCGGGAAGGUUAGAAUGGCUUUACUGAGAACAUUGAACUUCACGUGACUAUGUCUCCGAGUAAAAAAGAAAACCCUCACACACACAGAACAUAAAGAGAUUUGUUCUUCGUUAAGAAAACUAAAUACUAAAAGUAACAAAGCCGCGAUUUCCGAGUUUGCGUUUUGAAAACGGCUGCACUGGAGUGAAACGCAAUGCCUGCAAUAAGUAGAUAGGUGAAAGUGCAGCAUCUUUCGACUUUGGGUUUUACUUCUUUUUCAGAGAAUAAAAAAGCGGCCUGUGGUGAAAUGGCUCCAUAGUAUUACUGCAAUUACAUGGAAAUUAUCUGGUGUUCUAUGCAAAUAAAAUCAGAGUGUCUUUAUCUCAUGGGUAUUUUUACUUCUCUAGUGGAUGGUGUUUACAGGUUCCACAGAAAAGCAAUCCUGCAUCUAUACAAUAACUUAGGGUCACCACACGCAAGCCAGAGGAUCACAUUGGGUCAUUAUUGUGGGUGGCAAAUUUUCAUGCUUCUUAAGCUGACAAUACAUGGAAAUCAGAUGUGGAAUAAGAUUGCUUAUGAAAAUGCUUCAUAAUUUAAUGGGCAGCCGCCAGAUGAAUCGGGAGGUAUUAUUUUGUAAAAUGUUAUGAAAUCUUCCUGGCCAUCCUCUGGAAACUUUGCUGGAAUGUUUUCUUCUUUUUUUUCUUUUUUGGGGACAUUGCAGUUGGCAGUACUUUGUAAGAAAAUGCUAUUUUUUUUUGCAUGAGGAAAAAUAUGUUUAUAUUCAUAAUGUCUACUACUAAUGCUAGCACAGGGGCCUGGCUGUCUUAUCAGAACUGGUCUCUGCAACAUGGCUUCUGCAGGUUCGUGUAGACUAGGUAAGGAUUUGGCGUGUACUCUGAGUGGACGCAGAUUCCUCUUUGUGUUGGCUAUAACAUAAGAGUGGUGCAUUGUAGGUUUUCCCUUUUGUUAACAUUUGGCAAAAUUUGCUGUGUGAAUUAUGAGGCCUAGAUGAUGACAAUGCAAAUGAAGAUGGCAUCAACAGCGUUUUAUAAACAUCUAAUUUAAUAAAAUCACUGGUUCAAAAGGA